AUGGCGUUCGAGACGCUCCCAGUCUCACCUCACGCAAGCGCACUCCAGAGACCAAUUAUUGGACUUGCCUACCUGUUUUCCCCCUUCAAAGUCUCUGAUAUCACUGCAUUCUCUUCAAGUUCUCAUCUUGCCUCGCUGUAUGAUUGGGACUCGAGAUAUCUCUACAUGAAAAGGAUAGCUGUCCAUGUGAUCAAGUCUGAGCUGAAGCGUGCUGCUCAGGAGUGUGAUGACACGCUGCAUAGAUGCACGAAGAGGAUCCUAGAAGAGGAACAGACAGAGAAGGAGGUGAGAAACUCCUCGUUUCCUGUACGUAUAGCGCAUACUACCAAGUCUUUUGUUUUCUCCAUCUUUGGCCCCAACAAAGACGAAUCGAACAGCUCCACUGUUCGAAGGUUCGAGUGGUUUGCAGACCGUGCUAGCGAGUUUCUCAGAUUACUAGAGCUUGGUGGCAGGCCACGCCACCACAUGCCCUUUGACCCUCUUGUCAGGCAUCUUCUGAAUGGCAAGAAACUACAGCACCGAAUCCUUCAAGCAAACAGGCGCCCUUUGUUUCUACAGUUGGUGCCGUAUAUUACUGCAGAGUAUGGAGUAGAGGCUAGACUCAUCUUUAUGCAGAAAGAUCGUAAUGCAUCAGAGGAUGACUUUUUCUUUUCUUUAAUGCUACAGCUUUCAGAGAGUACUGACAUAGUAGGGAUGGCAAUUAAGUGCCUACAGCUAUAUGCCCCUCUUUUCAAUUUCAAGUCUGCAGUUGAAACGGUUAGAAAUAAACUUCUGCAUCUACCUACAGAAGAUUUCUCAUGGGUGCCAGAUAUUGAUACACAUCACAAAGAACAUUGGGAUAUUCUUCACAGGUUUCGCCCAAACCUACUAUGUUGCAAACAGCAUGAUCAACACAAGCUCUGUCAUGGUAAUAGGAAGUUAAACAAGUCAAGAUUACCAGAUGUUUUUCUGGAAUCAGUUAUUGAAGUACAUCAGCAGUGCCAUGUCUCAGUCUUGGACUGCGACCAACAUAGGUCCUUAAUGUCUGAAACCAAAUAUUCUCUACAAGAUUCUCCAUAUCUGAAAGUUGGACUCCUAGUUACCCCCCAUGGAUGUUUAGAAGACAUCCUACAUGUGGAUAGAACUCCAGCAGUACCGGUGAUCUACAGUGAGGAGCAGCAUUUCUUGCAUACAGACUUUACCUUGGGACAACUGGAAGAGAUCAUGCUGCCAAAGGCACUAGAUUACUUCUGCAAGAAUGAUGAAGUGGCAGUCUACCAAAUGCUUUGGAAAUUAAAACAUGGUGCUGCAUAUAUUCAGGUUGAGAAGGCAAGCAUGCGCACACAGAGAACAAGCAUGAGGACUUCUCAGGGGCCUAGGAAAGGAAAGAUGUUGCAAUGGCAUGAUCAGGAGAUAGGGAGGCAAACAAGUACGAUUUUUCAAUUCCUCAACCUGUGGGUUGCACAUGCGCCUGUCCAGCUGCAGGGCACAAUUAUGGACUGGAUUCAGAAAGAAAAGGAAAAACAGUUAGCAGCUCUGCAGCUACAUCGGAAAUUCGACGAACACAAGACUGGAAAUGGGAUGUUCAAGGGAACAAAUCAAAUAUUUGGAGUUGCUAUUCAUAGCUGA